UAUAAAGUAAUUCGCCGUAAUGGCAUCCAACCGCUUCUGCACUUGAAUCCUUUCAUAGCGCCGUCCUCAGCUGCUUGCUUGAAGUGAAUGGCAGAACCAGACCCAGGUCCUGCUCUAUCGACAAACUUCAGUCAAUCAACUCCCAAGCACGACACUUCACCCCUUCCUCGUAUUCGCUUUCCAGACCAGUUCCUUGCCGCAUCACCUCAUGGAGAGUCGUCACGUUCAUCCAUAGGGUCUCCUGGACCUCCUAUUUCACCAAUGAAAGACCAGAAAGAUCUAGGCGACGGAAACGGUCGUUUUCUUUCCAAAGAUGUCACUCCUGGAAUCUUCCCUGAGAUAUCUCCUUCGAAGAGAUUUUCAUCCCGCAGCGUUGAGUUACGACGUAGGUCUAAGAGAAUGAGUCAGAGCAGAGGCUUGUCUGCUCUUAAGGACCCUUUUGUCGCUGAGUUCGAACCUUCAGCUUUCUCGGAUGAAUAUGACUUGUCUCACGAGGACCCCAAGAUUAUCCAGGAUGUUCAGCGAGCCCUAGAACUGCAAUCUCGAAGACGAGAUCGCAAGUCAUUCACCCCAUCCCAGCCAACUGUUAUAGAAGAUCAAACCUUUAUCGAGCUGCGGCAGGACACAUCUUUCCAACACUCUCCUCCAGCUUCUCCACCGACUUUCACUCAUCCCUCACGUCCUCCUCUGGACAUUGACUUCAGCCCGUCUGUCCAGGCAGUUCCCCUUCACCCUGUCCCCCUUUCUUCGAAUGCAGGUGCUACAUUGGAUUGGACUGGGUCCCAGUCUGAAGAAGAAAGACUUGAAAAACGUUGGACAUUGGGAAAACGUAAAGGCAAAGACAGACCCUCGUUUUCAAACAAAGCCGUAUUGGAAAAGCAAGACACUCUUUUUGCGGAUAGGAUUUCUAGAAUCAGAUCGAAAGCGAAACAGCCCACAUUCCGAAAGGCAGCUAUUGUUAGCGACCAAUUAGGACGGAGGUAUAACCUUGUGUAUAACUCCAUGUCGAACGAGGACCCCAUCAACCUCGCGAAAGCCGCGCGGUGGUACGCCGAUUCUGAUCCGGGGGCGCAAACCUGGUUAGAUAGCGCUGAGCCACUCACUUGGCUCAAACACCUAUUUAGCAAAAAUGGCGGCAAACGAUCGAAAUGGCAUCUGUCGGCUUUGAUCGUGGAAGAAUAUGUUAAAUCCAAUAGGAUAGAUUAUAGUUUGCCUAUCAUUCGUGACGAUUCUACCUCUGCUCGUAGGGGAUCACUCCCUUCAGAUGUGUCUCUAAUCCUUCCGUCAUAUCCUUUUCAUCCGAUCCGAUCCUCCCCCUCGCUACAUCAUUCUUUCGGAGAUUCACUCAGAAGAAUACGCUCCUCAGAUGGCCAAAUUUCAUUCGAGCCUAGAAUUGACUCUACGCGCAGCUCGAUAGAUGGCGAUUACAGGAGCGCUGCUGAAAAGAGUCGAGGAUUGCGUCAUGUCAUCCCAGCCCUCACUGAUCCUGCCAAUAGUAUCGCAUCUACCACAUCUCCUUACCGUCGUGAAAGCUCUCCAGGCGGACUUUCACCAGCUAGCAGUCGGCACCUUCCGUUUGCUCAACGGAUACGGCGUCGGCAGGUGGAUAGUGAUGAAGGAUCUUCCUCGAUCAUUCACUCGCAAUCGGACGACUACAGUGGGUCUUUCGCUGGCGUUACGGGACAUCGUCGCAAGAGGCGCGAUCGGGGGCAGCCUCAUGCGCCUUCAUCAUAUCUACUAUCACCCCGUGAAUCAGGAACAGAGACCAAUGCUCCCGGCCAGACGUCGGAUGUACACGAGGCAACUUCUGCACCUAUGGAGGAUCCAUUGCCCUCUGAGCCGCCUUCGGAACGUGGGAUUGAACUGCCACCUAACAUGCCUGAAUCUGAGGCUUUCGCCACCCCACCGCAAGUAAUUACACGUCAGAGACUAAUUCACCGGAUGUCCCUCCCUGUCCCCGACGUAGCCAAGAAGCCAGAACGAAAGCAGCUCGAGGAAGCCGAGGAGAAAGAACUAGAGCAUGAGUAUGAGAAGAAGUUGCAGACGCUAGAUGAACUUAAGGCGCAGAACCAUCGGGUACGCCAGAAAUUACAAAGGAUCGCUGCAGAUGUCCGGGAAUACGACAACUUGCAAGCGAGGAUGGCCAAUACGCACGGUAUUCCUCAUCAAGGUCUACCUGUAGAGCUUUUAGACGCUUUUAAUCAGGAUCCUUCAUCGGUCACUGGCGGGACCCGGGAACGGAAAGGAUGGAGGGCCGUUGAGGACGUACACACUCGCAUUCUUCGUCAACAACAAAUUUUCAGGAUGUACCUUUCUGUUUCCGAGAAACAUGUGGUGCCAGAUAGCUUGCUCGAUGAGCCCAUAUCAUCGCUUAUGGAUACAUUGGGCAAACUGGGUCAUAAGAGGGAGACUCUGGCGCACAAGCAGUUGGAAGUUGCUAGCGCUCUGGCCAAAGUCAAGAGUCUGCAUACCCAAGUCAAGAACGAGUACAACAAUGCCCUCUCGCACACCUCCAUUGCUUACCCAGAACUCUCCCAAAUCAUCGCACUAGAAGAAAGCUACAAGGAUCCAUACCAACAUAUCUGGGAGUUCGGAAUGGAUGCUUUGACGUUCAUCCUCGACAACGUUGCGCCGGUUUGGAGGAAUUAUGGGAGGACCAUUGGCGAAGAUAUCACAGAUUUCCUCAUUAUACCCUGGUAUCGGAACGAGUUCACGGGAGAGCCGAAGCGGUAUGAUAUCUUGUCGUUUCCUCGCCGCUCCAUCCGCCACUGGUUCACACUCUUUUUCCUCUUUUUGUCUACAUUCGCCAUCACCUAUCUGCAAAUGCGCGCAGCCAUUUUUUGUACAUUCAUGUACAGGCAUCCCUGGAUCGACAAUUCGGGUUUUCGAUGGUUGAUCAUGCCGUGCAUAUGGAUCGCUUUCCUCAUUCAUUGGUUUGCUGUUCUCUUCGAGGUUGGAAUCAUUAUUCUGGAGUUUAGAGUGGUUGCUUGGUGGUUGGGUUGGUCGGUGGGCCUUCUUACCUGAGCCUUUAUUCUGUCUAUCAUUUAUCUAGGAUCUUGGACCCUGGUCAUUUGCAUCACUGUAAUCACAUAUCACACACACGUAUUCGAUGUACACGU